CCGUCUGUCUUGGCUGGAAAACUCCGGAGUUGGCUUCUCCUUGGAUUAUCCCACCAUAAGUUUACACGCCGUCUCCAGGGACCUGAGCGCCUACCCAAGGGAGCACCUGUACGUCAUGGUCAAUGCCAAGUUUGAAGGAGAAGAGAAUGAGACAAAAGAGGCUCCCAUGGCUGAAGGGGAGGAGGAGGAUGACAGCGAUGAUGAGGUUGAACCAAUUGCAGAAUUCAGAUUUGUACCCAGCGACAAAUCAGCCUUGGAAGCCAUGUUUUCAGCAAUGUGUGAGUGCCAAGCUCUGCACCCAGACCCAGACGACAACGAUUCAGAUGAUGAUUACGAAGGGGAGGAGUACGACGUUGAGGCCCGCGAGCUGGAACAAAGUGACAUCCCAAGCUUUUACACAUACGAAGAAGGAUUGUCACAUUUAACUGCAGAAGGUCAGGCCACGCUGGAGAGGUUAGAAGGCAUGUUAGCCCAGUCUGUCAGCAGCCAGUACAACAUGGCUGGAGUGAGGACAGAGGACUCAAUAAGGGAGUUUGAAGAUGGUAUGGAGGUGGACAUUGCACCGAUAGUUGCCGGGCAGUUUGAAGACGCAGAAGUCGAUCACUGAGGAGGACGUGUGCUGCUAUUCCACUUGCGGCACUUCCAAAAUAAGCUGUAAAACCGAAGGCAUUGCAGUGACUAUCGGGAGUUAACCUUUCUUUUAAUGACAUGAGCUUAGACAUCUAGGUCUAUAAAUGCUUGUAGAGAUGUUUCGAACAGGGUUUGGCAUUUGUGACCACUACGGAGUUAUUUAAAAAUAAAGAAAACAAAACAAAAACAAUAAAACCUCUUGCAUCUAACACUUGAAUGGGGCUAAUCAGGGGUCAUUUCAUGGUAUCACAGAAUGAUUUGGGUUGGAACAGACCUUAAAGAUCAUCUUGUUCCAACCCCCCCUGCCCUGGGCAGGGAUGCCAUUCAAUAGAUCACGCUGCUUGGGGCCCCAUCCCAUCCUGGCCAUGAAUGCUUUCUGGGAUCAGGGAGACCCAGUCUCUCUGGGCAACCUCUCUGGCAUUUCAAAGAAGCCUUUGUAGGAAUUCUGAGACUUCAGAAAUAAAACUGUUAUUAGAACAGAAUUUGGGAUUGUCCUUGAAUUUUCUGUAUUUUUGUACCUGUUCAUUGAAUCCAUGGAGUAAAGUGGAAAUAGAAAUGUUAUGAAAUUGGACUAAAGGAAAUAGGGUUGGCCAAGGAUUAAAAGCAAAGGUAAAUUAAAAGCCCCUCAAGUAACUGGCUUUAUCAUUUCAGUGCUAUCCCUUUCAUUUCUCUGAGAGCAGAGUUUGGGUGGGAGAGGAGAUGGAAUAAAGUCUGUAAAUUCCAGAGAAAGAGAACUGUUUGUCUUUGUAUUAAAUGUUAACAACACUGUUAAAUAAACUAAGAUUUUUGUAUCUCACAGCCA